CCUGAGGAAAAAUUGUAUUUCCUUGUCCGGAGAGAUGUGCAUACAACCAACACAUAAGGUAUCUUGUUCUAAGCGAAUUUGUGCACUAUUUUCCUCACCUUUGUUUCUAAUUGUGGGAUCUGUUGGAGAAAUAUAUGGGUGGCACUGGAAUGAUUUGAAACUGCCCCAAACAGAAACUCCAAGUGUAGCUUGGACAAUACAAAUACCAAUCUCCGGGGAUGUGCUCCACAGAGCUGAUGUUAACUCAGUGAUGCUACUGAAAGAAGAUGCAACUGAGAAUGGGAAUUUUUCUACCCUAUUAGCCGGUUGUGGUGACAACAAAUUGUAUAUGUUCAAUCUUGAAGAUGGAAAACUUGUCCGAACGUUUGAAGGACACCUGAGUUAUAUUCAUGGUAUCAGUAUAUUAGGCUCUUCAGUUGCGUCAGCAAGUGAAGAUGGUUCAGUGCGACUCUGGGAUAUUCGGCAAUCUUCAGUAACGGCUUGUGUAGAACCAUUCCGAAACGAUUCGAUAGCACGGCCCAGCAUUGGAAAAUGGAUUGGGGACGUUGACUUAAGUGAACAAUGGAUGGUUUGUGGAGGAGGACCACGUUUAGCGCUAUGGCAUGUUCGGACACUCUCAGUGGGAACUAUAUUUAAAUCGGUGAAAGAUGAAGGAAUCCAUGUGUCUAAAUUCUUAGAGGACAAAGUGCUGGCAGCUGGUGCUUCUUCAUCUGUCUUCUUCUUAAGUUACAAAGAUAAAAUUCAGGCUGAAAUAGAAACCUCUCAAAUAACUGUGUAUUCUGUUGCAUACCAACUAGAUCCAACCAAGGUCAUGAGUAUUGCCGGUUCCAGCUCAAAGGUCGACUUAUGCACAAACUUUUACUAUCGAGAUCACGUUUUGUCAUUAAUUUAGUUCCUAAAUAAAUCAACCAACUUUUCAUGUGUUCUUUUGUAUUUUGUAAAUACAUAUUUUAAGUUAUGUAA